GAGCCAGCAGGCAGAACUGUUUGUGGAGUGCAUUUCAGGCUCUGCUACGGCAGAUAAGUCUCCUCAGAAGGUGGAAGCAAGGGUUCUGUUGGGUGGAUUCUGCCACUUUGUUUCCAGCUCCGAAGCCUCGGCUCUUGCCAACCAGAUCACAGACCCAUGUCAGUGACUCCAGAUCCCGCAUUCUUCAGUGUGGGGAGCCUAUUACACACCCUUCAGGAGGAGCAGGCCAGACUAAAGAUGAGGCUGCGGGAACUGCAGCAGCUGAAAAAGGAGCUCAGGAACUCCCCGCAAGACAAGGUCCCAUUCCCAGUGCCUGAAGUCCCCCUGGUGUUCCGAGGACACAUUCAGGAGAAGAUGGAAGUGCCCAAGUCUUUGGUUUCCGACCUGCAGAUCUGCUACCCUCUGCCUGGAGGCUCUGCUCUGAUCAUCUUUGAUGACCCCAAGGUGGCCAAGCAGGUGCUACGACAAAAGGAGCAUCGGAUCGAGCUGGAAGAGUGUCGGCUACGGGUGCAGGUCCAGCCCGUGGAGCUGCCCGUGGUGACAACCAUCCAGGUGUCCAGCCAGAUGAGUAGCCAGAGAGUGCUGGUCAGUGGGUUUCCUGCUAAGCUCAAGCUGAGUGAGGAGGAGCUGCUGGACAAGGUGGAGCUCUUCUUUGGCAAGACCAAGAACGGGGGUGGAGAUGUGGAGACUCGGGAACUGCUGCAUGGGGGUGUCAUGCUGGGCUUUGCUAAGGAUGAAGUGGCCCAGAACCUGUGCCGGAUUGGCCAGUUCACCGUGCCGUUGGGUGGGCAGAAGUUCCCUCUGAAAGUCUCUCCCUACAUGAGUGGAGAGAUCCAGAAGGCAGAGACUCCUUCUGCAGAUCAAGUCCCAGCCAGUGCCGCAGGCAGUGCUGGUGCUCAACAUUCCCGAUGUGCUGGAUGGCCCCGAGCUGCAGGAUGUGCUGCAGGUCCACUUCCAGAAGCCCACGCGUGGGGGAGGGGAGGUGGAGGCCCUGACGGUCGUGCCCCCAGGAGAGCAACGCCUGGCGGUCUUCACCACCGAGUCCAGCUAGGAGCUGGCCCUUCUCAUCACCCCCCAGCCCUCUGCCAAGGUUCUCUAACUGGGCUGGGGUUGGGUGCAUGCGGAUGAUCAAGAUCAUGCUAGUCAACGGAGGGCAGGACUCGGAGUUGUGAAACGCUGUCCCAGACAGUAAAAGUGCCUGCCUGGA